AAAUGAAGAGGAUGGCUCCCUCUCUAACACAGGCGUUCAGGAGGCGCUGGUGGAUGGCCGUCACAGCGGUGUUGGAGAAUCUGUUGUGUUCGGCUGUGCUGUUGGGCUGGGGCUCUCUGCUCAUCAUGCUCAAAAGCGAGGGCUUUUACUCCCACCUGUGUCCAGUAGAAAAUAAGACUGAGAGUGUGAACGUUAGCAAACCAGAUGAAUGGCUGAGCUGUGUGGAACAGGAUGAAAUGUUGAACUUGGGCUUCACCAUUGGCUCAUUUCUGCUCAGUGCCGCCACACUGCCAUUGGGUAUUCUCAUGGAUCGGUUCGGCCCCAGGCCACUGCGCCUCGGUGGAAGUGCGUGUUUUGCGGUCUCUUGUAUGAUCAUAUCUGUAUCAGCCUAUCAACCAAAAGUCCUCUCUGCACUCAUUUUUCUGGCUCUGUCACUCAAUGGCUUUGGAGGGAUCUGUCUGACCUUCACAUCUCUCACGCUGCCGAACAUGUUUGGAAGCCUGAGCUCCACUGUGUUGUCACUGAUGAUUGGCUCGUAUGCAUCAUCGGCUGUCACCUUCCCUGGAGUCAAGCUGAUAUAUGAUGCCGGGGUGUCGUUUACUGUUAUCAUGUGGACGUGGGCCGGCCUGGCAGGUCUGGUGUGGCUCAACUGUUUCCUGAACUGGCCAGCAGAAGGGUUUGCUACCCCUGAAGAGAUUAUGGAAAAGAUGCAUUCAGCUGAAAACCACAAAUUGUCUCCAGUUGAAGAGGCGACGGGAGAAACCGAGAAACUGUCUGCUGUAGCUCAGGAUAUACAACCUUCUGUCCCGUUCCGUCGCUCUGUGUUCUCCCCCAUCUUCCUGUGGAGUCUGAUCACUAUGGGAAUGACUCAGCUAAGAAUCAUCUUCUUUAUGGGAGCCAUGAACAAGAUGCUUGAGUUCAUGGUCACCCACGGAGAGACAAGUAAGCUGAAGAAGGAGGCAGAGCUGAAAGUGAGUUUCUACUCGUCCAUCUUUGGCACACUGCAGCUCUUGUGUCUGGUAACCUGUCCUCUGAUUGGAUACAUCAUGGACUGGAAGAUGAAAGAGUGUGAGGUGGAUCAGAAGACAAUGGAGAGAGAAAAAGAAGCUGUUGCUGUACCAAAGCGUGACAGAAAGAUCCAGAAGUUGACCAAUGCCAUGAGAGCCUUCAUUUUCACAAAUGUUCUGCUCUUUCUGUUUGGAAUCCUCUCACUCAUAGACAACCUGCCUCUGCAGAUUCUGACGUUCAUUUUGCAUACUAUGGUACGAGGCUUCAUUCACUCCUGUUGUGGAGGCCUGUAUGCUGCUGUGUACCCAUCCAAUCAUUUUGGCACUCUCACUGGGCUGCAGUCUAUGAUCAGUGCUGUGCUGGCUCUACUGCAGCAGCCCCUCUUCAUGAUCAUGUUGGGACCUCUGAAUGGAGAUGCUUACUGGAUCAACGUGGGGCUUCUGAUCUUCUCACUGUCCGGUUUCCUGCUGCCGGGAUACUUGUUCUUCCACCGCGGACAGCUUCGUCAUACGAGGGAUGAAGGAAAAGCUAACGGACACAUUCCUGUUGAGGAUCAAGCUGUAAACCAGCCCCUGACCAACGGACACAGCAACGGUCACGUCCCGCAGGAAGCUUAACUCAAUAAUGGAGCAUCACAGGACUUUACACAUUUCAACCGCAUCGGCAGGAGACGUGACAAACUCUGCCAUUCCCAACAUCCUCAUUAAACACGCAACUUUUUCAUUUUUUGUUGUAUGCGAGACAUGUGGUUGAUGCUUGCAAGAGCAGAUAUCAGAUCAGUAUUGUCUUGUUCAGUGAUCUGCCGAGUAUCUGUAUUAAAAAUCUCAAAAUCUGCCUGUGAAAAGUAUGCAAUGCUUUCACAAGUUUUUAGAGGACUAUUUAUUGAACUGCGCACACGUUGGCUGUGAUUGACGGACAUGAACUACCUCAGCCAACCGCUGGACUCACAGAGGGAGCGGCUUCUGCCUGUUCAGCGUCUGCUCUCCUUCACAGAAGAGAAAGAGUGUUGAUUAUUGUGUGUAUUAUAGUGCCUGUUUUUCUGUCUAUGAUUGAAAACUCGAGAGACAAGCAUUUCAGCGAACACCAAAGACACUGCUAAUGGAGCUUUUUAAAGUGUAUCACUUUAUUCUCCUCUUUUAGUUUCACUACAUUACGUGUUGUCCCAAAGCAAAAACAUUUCAGGCAGAUUUAACAAGUUUUUUUUUAUAAAGCAACAGAAAUGAAUUGUUUGUGUAUUCAGCUUUUUUCCCUCGGUGUAUUUCAUUGAAAGGGAAUUAGAUUUUUGUAUUUCUG